AUGGACGGAGGGAGACUUGAGGGACAGGCAGACUUAAAGGGCCUCGUGGGGAGGGAUGGGAAGGUCCACACUUUCAUGGAGGCCUGCUGGGAAGUGUGCGUGGACAAGCCCGGCUCCAAGCUCGACUCCACCGAGACCUGCCUGGCCAACUGCGUCAACCGCUUCAUCGACACCACCUUGUCCGUCACCAACCGCUUUGCGCAGCUCAUGCAGAAGGGCCACUGACACGGGCCCCCUUCCUGAGUCAGCCUGAGGAAGAGCCUGUUGGCUGCCAACUGGUCCUCGGUUCCCCGACUGGCAAGGAAGGGACUUUGUG